AUGUCUGAAAAGGAAUUGAGCCCGUCCACUUGCUUCAACUUCUCCUUCUUCAAAGAUUAUAUGAGAGAAUUGCGCAAGGUGGACGACACAAUCACUCUGCGACUCAAUUCAACCGAUACAACUUCUGAACAGGCCUGUGCUCAGUUCUUCAAAGAUCUUGCUGAUGCUUACACCAAGCGUGAACAUGCUGUCAACUACUGUCUCAAGAUUAUGGAUGAACAAAUUGACGCCAAGUAUAAAAAAUUGAGCGAGGAUCCCGAUGAUUUUGACACUCAAAACAGUGUUUUUGCCGACGAAACCAAGCGUCGUCAAGUGGCCAACGAGAGAAUGGUCGAAGAAAUCGUCCGCGAUCGUACUCUGCAAGUGUUCAAGAGCAAAUGUCGAGUUUUUGAUACCGCCACUCUCUCAUUGAAGUCAUAA